AACAGGCAAAAAAGGACAACUUCAGCAAAAAAAACCUAAAUUGUGUAACCUGUUUUACAACUUUGUGGACACACACAGGAAAAGACCCCGGGGGAAGAAGGCGAUGGUGUGACGACGGUGAAUGGGUGGAAUCGCUCGCUCUCUGUGUGUAUUUGUGGUGGCCGCAUAAAGGCAAGCAUAUUGUCGGUCGGAUGGGUUGUGCGGAUAUUCGCCAGCAGUGGGCAAAGCAAAGCAGAAAAAGGAGCAAAUUUGCACGACUACACUACACACCAGCCCAACCUGCUUCUUCUCUUGGCCAUCCACCACAACAUUCGGCACUAAUAGCCGCUGGCCGAUGCUGUUGUCGAUGAUCGUUGCUUGUGGGGGAUCGUCCAAGGAGAGAAAACUAUCCCAGCUAGUGUGGUCGCCGAUUGCAUGGAAAUAGUCGAAGUGUCUUUGCCGCAUAUUCGGAAUGGCGUAACACUAGCCUUCUCAUCGUUCCUGCAGCGAGGCACGAUGGCCACCCUGAACCAGAUGCAUCGCACCGGACCGCACAUCAAGAGCCGUCCACCGAGGCAGCCCCUGGACGGGAAACCCUUUGCCAAAGGCGUCAUCCUAAAGACCCUGAUCAAGAAGCCCAAAAAGCCCAACUCGGCGAACCGGAAGUGCGUCCUGGUGCGGCUCAGCACCGGCAAGGAACUGGUCGCGUACAUCCCCGGAAUCGGCCACAACCUGCAGGAGCACAACAUGGUGCUGGUGCGGGUUGGUCGCAUGCAGGAUUUGCCCGGAGUCAAGAUCAAGUGCGUCCGCGGCAAGUACGACCUGCCCCACGUGAGCAAGCAAAAGUAAGCGGAACGUGCUUCCUCGUGGUCCAUCAAUAAAGGAGAGAUGUGUGUUAGCUGUGUA